AGAUUUACAAAAAGAGCGACAAUGGACGAAUCCGUAGUUUUAAAGAAAUUAUUUGAUUUAAGAUGCAUUGAUAAUAAAGAUCAAAGCUUCUCUGACCUAAGUAAAGAUGACGUUCUGAGGAUUAUCCAUGAUCUCUUUGUUGUCUACGAAACUUCGUGGCAUUGGAAUCUAGAAGACCAUCCAAAAAGAAACUUUCAUAUUUUGCUGAGAAACAUGCGAAAAUUGUACUUAGGACAUUUAGUUAAGAAGGAAGAAGAACUUAAGGGUAGCUGUCCAAAAUCAAUUGUUAUUGUUUCAAGAAUUUUAGAAACUAUUGAAAUUAAAAAAGGAAAGAGUAUAUACAAAAGAUAUCAAAAAACACCAACGAAAUUGAAGGGUGAAAACAAUGAAAAUCGAAGAAAGCCUCCCGUGCCGAAUGCAUAUCGAAAGGCCUUAUCAAAUAUGACGAAUGUCGAGAAGACAGCAAAGACAACUUCGCCCCAAGCGGAAAACAAUAUUUCACGGAGAAAAAUAUUUAACAGUCCUGAAUCAAUAGGAUUGGAUAGAUCUAAAUGUUUUACACCUUUAGAGAAGAAUGAGAAUCCAGCUAGCUUUCACACACCGAUAAAUUCUUUGACCGAUGGAAAGAUUUUAAUGACACCAAGCAAGAGUCCCUUUUAUUACACAACAAAACUAAUGGAUGGAACACCUAUUGAAGCUGGAUGUGAAUUACGUGGGAAAGAACUAGUGAGAACACCACCUCAUGCACAAGCUAGCAAGAAAACAUUACCUGAAUCGCCUCUUGCACGCACGCCUGAAAAAUACCUUACAUAUCUCAUUGACGAAGAAAAAACGCCGAGCUUAAAUGGAUCAUUUACCAUUAGUAAAUUAGAAGAAAUUAAAGAAGAACAGGAGGAUAUAAUAGAAGAGCAACAAGUAGUAGCGGAUGAUGAACAGGACGGUAGGCAGUCAAAGGCUACAACAGUUUGGGAAGAUGAAUCAAGUCAAAAGUCUUCUUUGAAUGCAUUAGAAAGUAGUUUGACUAAAAUAGUAGAAAACGCAUUCAUUGAAGCUAAAUCGGGGGAGAGUGAAACAGAAUGUUCUAUAUCAAAGAAAAAUACUCCAAUUACAGAAGCAGUUAUAGAGUCGAAGCUUUCGAAUUUGGCUUCACCUAAAAAUAUUAUUGAAAAAAGUUAUUAUCAUCAAGAUGUUUUACGCGAAGAUGAACUCUUCAAAAGAAUUCGUUCGAAUGAAUCGAGUGGAGUUAAGAUAUCAAUUACGGAAGAGGACGAUUCAGCGGCUAAAUGCGCCGACACAAUUGUUCAUCAGGAAAUAAGUAUUGUUCAAGAUGAUAUUAUAGAUUUUACAAUAUCGUCGCCAAAACAACAAUGCAUGUGCAAACCGAAAAUUAGAAGACAAAAUCCUUUUUCAAAGCUCUUAAGGAGAAUGAAUAAGUGUUUCAGAAGGAAGUCGUAA